ACAGCGGGUCUGUUCAAGGCGAGCAGACUUGUCAGGCAGAACUGACACAAAAGGGGCACCGGCCCGGCAGAGAGGAGACCGCAGAGAACGAGAAACAGAACGAAAAGGCAGGUUUUGCAAUCGUCGGCUCUCUUGCUCUCCCACUGGCUCAGUAGCUGAAGGGGGCUGGGCUCCGGGGGUUUGUGAGUAUGAAUCAAGGCAGGAAACUUGUCUGAGAGAAGGUUCCCUCCCUCCCUCCUUGCCUGUCAGCUAGUCCGCUCGACACAACUCGUCUGUCCCGGAGCUCCGCUUUACACUUUAACUCGCAAGAUGCUCCCUCUGAAAGCAGCCCCUGGCCAGUUCGGCCCCAGCGCCCGUGAGCCCGGCCUGCACGCCUGGCGCGUGGAGAAGCUGAAGGCGGUGCCCAUCGCCGCCAAGGAGCUCGGCACCUUCUUCAACGGGGAUGCCUACCUCGUUCUGAGCAACAAGCCCGAGGGCGAGAGCACCCUGCACAUGUGGAUCGGUGAGAAGUCCUCUCGGGAUGAGCAGGUUGCCUGUGCCAUGCUGGCCACGCAGCUGGAUGACUUCCUGAGCGGGGAGCCCGUCCAGCACCGUGAGGUCCAGGGCAUUGAGUCCACGGAUUUCAUGCAGCUCUUUCCUCGCGGGAUCACCUACAAGGAAGGGGGUGUGGAGUCCGCGUUCCGGAAGACCCAGUCUACCUCGGCUCCUGUGCAACGGCUGUACCAGAUCAAGGGCAAGAGGAACAUCCGGGCCAGAGAGGUGGAGCUGAGCUGGGCCAGCUUUAACAAGGGGGACUGCUUCAUACUGGACCUGGGAGAGGCCAUCGUUUCAUGGAGCGGCUCCCAGGCCAACAUGUUCGAGAAGCAGAAGAUGACGGAGAUCGCGGCUCUCAUCAGAGACAGCGAGAAGCACGGCAAAGCCAAGAUCACCGCCGUCUGCGAGGGGGAGGAGCCUGCUGAGAUGCUGCAGGUGCUGGGGCCAAUGCCGGCGCUGAAGGAGAGCACGCCCGAGGAGGACAGCCAGGCCGACGCCUCCAACACCGCCUCCUUGUACAAGGUCUCGGAUGCGACGGGCACCAUGAAGCUGACAAAGGUGUCGGAGAAAAGCCCCUUUGAGAAGGACCAGCUGCUCCGCGACGACUGCUUCAUCCUGGACAACGGGGCCAACGGCAAGAUCUUCAUCUGGAAAGGGAGCGGCGCCAACGGCGAGGAGAAGAGAGCGGCGCUGAAGGUGGCCGAUGACUUCAUCGAGAAGAUGAGCUACCCCAGGCUAAAGACGCAGGUGGAGAUCAUCCCUCAGGGCAGAGAGACGGUCAUCUUCAAGCAGUUCUUCAAGAGCUGGAAUUAACGGUGGGGCAUUUGGUGGGGGGGGGCACUUUUGCAGGGAUCGGGCGGGGCAGGACUGGGGUACCCUCCAUGUCCCCGGCUUUUUCAUUGCAGCUGAGCUCUUCAUCAUCGAGACCUAAUGAUCCCUUCAAUUAGACCACUUUGAUUCGAUCUUUGAAAGUUUUAUCUCCUAAAUACACAAUCAGAACUCGUGAAAGCUUCAGUGCUUUUGUCCACUGAUGGCUGAAAGAACUAAUCAAAACCUGUGGAAAGGAGAGGCUACCACGCACUGCUGCAUGCAAAACAUACCAAAGUUGGUGAAGGUCUUUUAAUUUCUUUCACAAGACAAUGCGUGACAUAGCAAGCCUUCUCAUUCAUCAGGUUUACCUUACCGGGUGCCGAUUCCUGAUUUUUUAAAAUAAGAAUAUGGAGCUUCCAUCAGUAAGGAAUGCUUUUCUGAUCCACACAUGUCUGAAAUUCAAACAGCAGCCACCCCUCCCUCCCCUCCAACACCAUGCACCCAUUAGUAAUUAUUCCUGCAGUGGCAGGUUCUGUGCCAUUAAUCUGUAAACUAUUACAGUCGUUGUUGAAACAGAUUUGCUGAUUUGGUGGGGGGAGGUGUUAAGGACUGCCUGACGGAAAAGCAGUAAUUCUGAAAAUAAAGAGUAGGUGGAGCAGUUUUAACCAAAAUUUAAUUAAAGGGUUUCUACACAUUUAAGAAAGGAACAGCUGAUCCGCGAUGAGAAAUCCAAGGCACAUGUCGGUGACUCCUGGGUACAGAAUUUGAGCCUUCCUGUAGCUUAACAGCCUCUCUGCCUCUGAUCCGUCUGCUACUACCAUGUUGGAGUGUGAAAACGAACACAGUCACUACGGAGUGCUUCCCCCCUGCCAGGAUUUUAAAAUGUAAGCAUAGACUCAGAGGCAGAAGAAAUGGCGACUACGUACUUGCAGUAAUGUGCCUGCAAAUUGUCAACCAAGCCGUUAUGAUAAAAAUCAUUCUGUAUUAGUAUAAGACAGUAGCAAUGGUAGUUACAGGAGUGUCAGGAAAAUAAAAAAAACAAUUGAUCUCACGUGCCUUGGAACCAUUUACUGGGGUGAAUUGUGGUUUAAUGUUUGUUGCUCUAGAUAAUCACUCAAAUGGUAUGGAGAUGCUGUGGGGCAGGGGGUCUCAAACUCGUGUCCUAGAGGAUGUUGUGUUUUCCGGGCUUUUUCCCAGCCUGCGCUGUCAGUUAAGCAACUUAAUUCUUUUCUAAAUGAGAUAACAGGACCUGUCUUCCGGGUGUUUUGCUACUGAUCACACAACCAUACCUUCCUCAAGGUAUGGUUAGCUGUAAAUCUCCUUGGGGCCGGGUUAAUAGUGUUGCAAUUAUGCAGCUAAAUAAAUAAUUAGACCAAUUAUGUAACUGAGAACACGGGGUGGAACACAACCCGAGAGACAUCAGAUCCCUCAGGAAGCGGGCUGGAGAUCAGCAAGAAGAGAAGGAAAACAUAAUUUCCUGUUUGGGACAGAAAUUCCAAACAACCAUGUCAGUUUUCCAGCAGACGGCGUUUCUGGUUUUGUAUUUCUUUUAAUUAGAAUAUGUGGCUUUUAUGACUAGUGAAUUAUACAAAUGUUCUGUACGAACUGAAUAAAACUUGUUGGGAUUCAA